CCUUCUAUCUAAAUAAAUUAAUUAAAAAAACAAAAAAUAAAGGGAGGGCUAUGGCAGAUGCUGGUUUCGAUCGCGUUCCUCCGUCGUUUGAUCGUGUGAAAAAUGCAGCAGGGGGUGGUGUUGAAGCUCAAGGAUUGAACCCAGGAUUGAUUGUGUUACUCGUUGUCGGUGGACUGCUUCUGUCAUUCCUCAUCGGAAAUUACGUGCUAUAUGUUUAUGCCCAAAAGACCCUUCCUCCCAAGAAAAAGAAGCCCAUCUCCAAGAAGAAGAUGAAGAAGGAGAGGCUUAAGCAAGGAGUAUCAGCACCCGGCGAAUAGAUGUAAUUUGUUUCUUCUUUCCCUUACAAAUUUGAGUCGGCUGUUUUCUCUAGAGAUCGCGCGUAAAAUACUUUAUAUUUUGUUUUGUAUUAGACAAGUACAAAAAAAUUAGUUAUCGUUUAUUUAACAAA